CUGAGGAAAGGGAGGGAUCGAACACUGAGCAAGUCCUUUGCGCUGGUGCCUCCUCCUCCUCCUCCCUCAAACCCUCAGCUUAGAGACAACAGAGAUAGUUGGAGGCAGGCAGUAGAAUACGGACAUCGUCAGAGUAAGGCUACCGCGCAUUCAGUGUAGUGCCGUAGCCAUCUCGGCGAAUAAUUUGAUAAUUUUUUUCCUUUUAUCAGUUUAUCAUCAAGACAUCGAUCUACCUAACAGCCGCCACCACCGGCGACCACAAGUCAAGUACCUGAAUCUUCAAGAGAUAAAGGAUUUGGAGAGGACACACAACAACUCAAGAUCGCCGCUCACUGCUCUCCGUCAUCUGAUUUGUAUCUGAGACCAGCGCUAAACGCAAGUCCACUACAAGCCAUGCAUCGCCUUUCCUUGUUCAUGAUUGCCCUGGUGGGAUGUCUGUCCAUCACCGGGGCAACAGAGUUCAACUGCAAACGGGGAACUGGGUUCCCAAAGGAGGUUUGUUAUGUCCCGGAAUGUACAAAUGCCAUCAAAGACCACAUUAAGUAUGAAUUCAAUGCUGCCUUCAAGUACAUGUACAUGGGCGCAUAUUUCGGCCAGGACGUCGUAGAUCGCCCUGGUAUCUCCAAGUUCUUGCUGGAGGCCGCCUCCGAGGAACGCAGUCACGCCAUACAGAUGCUGGACUACCUGAAUCUCCGUGGCAUCAAGAUCGAUAGCACUCUGGGCUAUAGUUUCGAUGCUGACACCAUUCUGGAGACGUCUUUCACUUACCAAGGAGCUUUGGAAGAGGCUUUGAACAUGGAAAUUGAGGUGACAGACUUGAUCAACAACGUCGUUGCCAAGUGUGCCGACGACUACCACGGCGCCGACGUCUUCACAAACCCCAUCCUGGACGAACAGCACGACGGUGUUCGCAAGCUCCAAGGAGCCGUGAAGGCUUUGCACGACCUCAGUGCUGGAUACGGUACCCCUGCUGGACUCAACUUGGCCGAGUACCUCUUCGACAAGAAAAUGAUGAGCGGGGAGUUCUAAGUCUCACAGUUUAAUUUUUCGCGCCUCUUUCAAACUUGAGUUGCGCCUAUAAAGAUUUACUAUAUCAUGUUGAGUAUACCAGUUAGUGAUGUUUUAUUUCUUUUGUUUGAUUUUCAUUGAAAAUUUUCAUUGCACUGCCUUGAUGUCAUGAAGUUCGGCGCUGCAUAGAUUGUAAUAAUAGUUAAAGAUUUGUCUUUUUAUCCAUCGACUUAGUUCGUACUUUCUAUUCCAGUUGAAAGAUAGUGGUUUAUUUUAUAGUAUGUAAUAGACUUGAAACUUAUGUUGUGGUGUUCUUUACCUAUGGUGUUACACUGAGGAUAUUUAACACAGUAAAACUUACUUAUAUUUUUCAUGUAAUGAAUUUUUUUUUAUAUAUUUUUCUUCGUGUACUGAAUUUUUUUUUAUGGAGAUAACUGAUGCUAUAUACACUUAUUCUGUCUGGUUUCGGUUUUUGAGAAAUGGCAUCUAGUAUUAUGUAGGGUAUUUUGAAAUUGAAACAGCAUUACCUAAUGAGAUUAAAAAUCUUUUGAGUAAUUUUUAAGGUUCGGCCUAGAAUUAAAAGAUACGAACGUCA